AUGCUGAUUCAUCUCUUGUUGAUUAGAUUCGAGAAACUAGAAAGAAGAAGUAAAAUGGAGAUUUGCUCAAGAUUCAGAAAAGAAGUAUUCAGUUUAUAUUAUAGGAAAUCGCCAUAUCCAGAUCAAAAUGGCUCUUGUACUCAGCUUACAUAUGACAAAGAAACAGAUGACAAUAGAGCUCUCACAGAAUUAAACUAUAUGCGUUGGCUUGUUGGUUUUGAUACAAAAACUGUAAUAACAAAUGAAUAUGAUGAUCAUCUGAUUCAGUGUGCAAUAAACAACGUUGCAAAUGAAAAUUUAGAACAUUAUAUUGGAGGAAACGAUAACUGUUAUACAAAUAAAGCUGCAUCCGGGUGUGCAACUUCAAGUUUAUCGGCAUAUAGGGGUCGUGGUUACAAUGCAGCAAUUGCACUGCAACAUUUUAUCGAAGAUUCCGGAGAGGGGAAUGAAGAUGUAAUCCAUAGAAAAUGGGUGCUAUUUAGUGGACUUAAAAAGACUGCUUUUGGUGGAGCUUACAACUCAAAAGCGCCAAAAUAUUCUACUACUAUUGCAAUGAAAACGUUAUUUCGGCCUUAUGAGAUGGGAGAGAAAUUACUCUUUACGGCUUAUCCACCACCUGGGUAUUUCCCAGCACAAUUCGUGUAUAAUAGAUUCAGCUUUUGGGCACCUAACAUUCCUGAUAGAUCAUUUAUAAACAUAUCAGUUAAAAUCAACGAUGUUCCUCAAAAUAUAACAGAAAGGACUGAUUUUCUUCAAGGGGCUGGAGAUCAAGAUAAAGGUGUUGUAUUUUCUCUUUCGGAUUACGGUGUAAAUUCAUAUGAUUAUCCAUAUGAAACAAUUCUCAAUAAGAGGAUUGAUGUUAAAAUAUCAUAUGAUAAGACUGUCUUCGAUUAUACAAUAUAUCCGGUUGAUUGCAGUGUAGUUCCAGUUAGAACUUCAGUUCCUGACUCAGAUAGCUAUUACUCGAGCAAUGGUUCUAGUGAUUCAACGAAAAAGAAAGUUUCUAUUGGCGUUGGCGUUAGUUUAGCAAUUGUUUUAAUCAUUGUUGUUGCCUUUGUUUGUUACUUCAUUUUUUACAAGAAGAACAAUGACAACGGAGAAUCAAAUAAUGAUGAGAAUCAACUUGAAGAUGCUUAA